AUGGCAACCCCAAUACUCUUGGGUCGUGGGGUUGCGGGGUGCUGCCCCGAUAGUGAUGAUCUCCCAGGAGGCGAUCACUGCAGUAUGGAAGAGCUGGGGCACUACUACUUGUAUGUCAUCACAUUGGGAAGUCCCAUCGGAAGUCCCAUCGCCAUGUUUUCGUCAAGCCCAAGGGUAAAGUUGUGGAACUCCCCAGUUGCCUGUCUCCUGGUCAUCGCCGCACUAUUCAGUCAAGUCGAUGGGAUUCUUACGCUUCCCGCCAUGCAGCCAACGGCUUGCACAUCUUCCACAUUCCCAUAUAAGACUACGGUUACGGUCGACGUCGAUUCGUUCGGGGUUGAGUUUCCUGAACUCAGGCCUGGGUCAAAAUGGAAGUUUACUGCUGAAUCAGGUAUCCAGAUCCUUGCUAUAACUGCCGGCGGAGGGCGAUCGGCGACCAGAGGUGUACAGAAUUCGGACGGCUCGUUUACACUUACGACGAAUGGGGAUACUGGGUCCCCACCCGUGAUGGGUAGUGCAAAGACACUCCCCAACCACGCACUCACUAAAUUCAAGCUAACCAUUGCGAAUGGUGCUGUUCCGUGCAUCUUGCCCAUCAUCCAAGACUGCUCCGUCACAGGGAAGAUAGAUGUCAACCCAUCCCAGUGGGCAGCUUACCGUGUUGAUGAGUUCCUUGAAUCCUACGUAAAAAAUUGGACAGCAAAGGGCGGCAAAAAUUUCAUGCAAGACUACUUCCAAGAGUUUCUAGGAAACAGCCGGCAGUAUUCAUGCAAAGUAGAUGAUGAAUCCCAAUGCAACUUUCCAUUUCGGUGCGAUGACAUAGUCCCAGGCCCAUAUCGAAACCAAGCCUAUCUUGCUUUAGGUGGAUUGGAAAACCUCAGCCGUUUACUACACCUUACCUGGGCAGGCUUCAACAAAGCCGGCGACGAUGUCUCGCACAUUCUCCCAACUUUUUCGAAGGUAUGGACAGAUCUUCCAAAGGGCACAGCAAGUUGGCAAAUGAUUCUUGCAAUAUUUUCUAGUAUAUUAACGGCGUUUGCCCUUCCAUUCAUUGGUAUCCCUAGUAUAAUAGGAGGCGAGGUAAUGGUCGCUAGUUUCAUUGGAGGGAGUACAGCUUUCGGUCUUUCGGGUAAUGUCGGGAAUGCAGCGGCAGCAUCACAAAAUGCAGCUUCAAAAGAAUUCCGGUUUGACAAUUACGCGGACCAAGAACUAGCUUUAGGGCAAUAUGUACACACAGCGCAGGAGGUCCUAUACGCUACUCACGACGCCUUCUUCCAGUCCGGGACAAACUUAACGAAAAUACUCUCCGGUGGGAAACUCGUCCAGACUGAACUAGUUGAUAAAUCUCUCCUCAAUAACGCCGGAGAGUCAUCCGCUCCUAGUGCCACGGCCGUUUACUUGGAACAUGUCUUUAUCACAAGACUGUUGAAUGAAAUUUUCCUUCAGAAGGGUGUUUUUAUUAAGUUGAUUCCUUAUGGGCUAGUGACAGCUCUCGAUGGUCAGAAACAACUGUUUACAAAGCAAGAAUGCGAGAAUGAUUGGGCAGGCGAUAAAAAUUGGUCCAAGGAUCUAAUUAUCACUUGCAACGCCGGGGUAAAUAGACAGAACGGGGUUCCUGCUGGCAUGGCUUUUAUGAGCGGAGGUUACGACAGUUUUGGGAACCCGACGCGCCCCGAUUGGUACAAAAGGGAUUUCACUUUCAAUAACUAUAAGUAUGAUAUUAUGGAUGUAAUCCACUCGUCUGUGUCAUCGUUCACAGGGCAUGGCUUCAAGUACAAUGCGACAGAUGAUGCGGCAAAGAAAAUUGCAGCUGGCCAACAUGUUGCUGACCUUCAAGAUUGGGCCCCGUCUGAUGCCGGUACAUUCAACCUGCCAGUCUGUUCGGUUGCUGACCUCGGUGUCAUUCCAUACUGCGAUAAAAAGGUCAAUGUGUAUCAACAUCUCGAAUGGUGUAUGAGGCUUAAAAAGUCCGAACAUUGCGAUUGUCUUACUGAUUCUGUUACUGGCAAGCUUGGAGACAAAACUAUUUUCUUUAGAGAUGCACUAACCGAACCAAACCUGAAGAGGUAUAAGGAGUUUUGUCACUUAAAUCAGGAGUGA